AAAGACAGAGCUUUUACAGCUUUAGUCCUCAACCGUGUUUGGAAAAACAGUGGGCUUGUUCUGCGAGGGCUGUUCUUUUUUCUGGACCCAAACCUCCCGCCUGUUGAACGAGGGCUGGACAAACUUGCCGAGUUCAUUUCUGUUCAGUUUCUCAUUUCUCCAACAUUUAAGUUCGUUCUGUCCCACUUCCGCGUCGGCGUGCAAAUCUUUUCCUCGUAAAAAUCGGGCAGCAAGGGUUUAUCGCCACUUCAUGGGAUGGCGUCCGGCCAGGUUGUACAAGAAGCUCCGGUACGGAAGGUUGCUAUCUUUGGAGGAACUCACGGCAAUGAACUCUCGGGGGUAUUUCUGGUCAAGCACUGGCAGAAGGACGGGACUGAGAUUCAGAGGCCGGGGCUGGACCCCAAGCCUUUUAUCACGAAUCCAAGAGCUGUGGAGCAAUGUUGCAGAUAUAUGGACUGCGACCUGAACCGGGUUUUUGAUCCCAAAAGCUUGGGCAAGCCCAUUGCAGACAAUACUCCCUAUGAAGUGAGAAGGGCUCAAGAAAUCAAUCACCUAUUUGGCCCGAAAGGGAGCCACGAAGCGUAUGACCUGAUCUUUGACCUGCACAACACCACUGCUAACAUGGGUGCCACCCUCAUCCUUGAAAAUUCCAGGGAUGAUUUCACCCUUCAGAUGAGCCGCUAUAUUAAGGAGGCGUUGGCUCCAGAGGUCUGUCAUAUCUUCCUUAUUGAGCAUCCCAACCUGAAAUACGCAACAACCCGGAGUAUAGCAAAACAUCCUGUUGGCGUUGAAGUUGGGCCACAGCCCCAAGGCGUUCUCCGAGCUGACAUUUUGGACAAAAUGAGGAGGGUCACCCGACACGCCCUUGACUUCGUGCAAAUUUUCAAUGCAGGAAAAGCAUUCGCUCCAUGCACCAUCGAGGUUUACAAAAUUACGGAGAAAGUCGAUUAUCCCAGAAACAAAAAUAACGAGAUUGUUGCUGUUGUUCACCCUAACCUGCAGGAUCAAGACUGGCACCCUCUCAACCCCGGCGAUCCUAUGUUUUUAACUUUCGACGGAGUGACCAUCCCGUACGAAGGAGAUGCCACAGUGUACCCAACCUUUGUGAAUGAGGCGGCUUAUUACGAAAAGCAACAAGCUUUUGUCAAAACUGUAAAAGAAAAAUUGAGCGCAAAAGGGAUCAAAGCCUUGUAGAACUGGAAUCAUUUCUUGAUUCAUUUUGAAAUCUUAGGGCUAAAUCUACUACAGACGUGUUUCACCUUUCUAACCCAAGAUGGCCAGAAUACGUGUAACUCAGAAUGGGACCUUGAUUUCUAAUUCUAAGGAAUAUUUAAAAUGAAGGGAUAACCAGAGCACUUUGUACGCAAUAUGCACUAGCCAAAAAUAAUAAUAAUAAUAAUCACAAGUGUUAUUAGCAUGAAUGUAUUACAGUUCUGUUUACAAAUACUAAAAAACCUUUUAUUAAUGGCAUUUUUAAUAAUAGGGAAAUAUGUUUUGUAUUUAAUGUGUUCAGAACCAAGCUAAACAGAGAGAUAUUGUGGAGUGAGAAUGAGGCAUUGAACAAUUUAAACCUGUAAAGAUUUUUUCUCUCAACUGUAUUUUAUACCAAGGAGGUCAUCUCAUCUUCUAGACAAGCUACAAUGAUAGGGGAAGCUUCAUCUCUUGAAUUUCUGCCUGCCAGGUACUUGUUCACAGCACUUGGUUACCCCAACACUAAAUUAGAAGGAAUUUUCCACAUGCUAAUGCCAACCUCUACAGUACUGUUAAUGGUUUUUUUUAAAAAGUUCAUUUAUUACAAACUAUUGCUAUUUAUUGGUGCUAUGUUUUAAUUCCUGGAGCAAAGCAAUAGAAUUAAACACCAGUGAGAUGCACAGUUUUAUAAAACUAUCGAUUUUAUUUCUCUUAUUUGCAAUAAAUAUUUCUUAA